AGCCUCCCCCGUGUGGCUCGAGCGCGUGCCGCCACGCAGGCGAACGGGGACUGCGCAGCAACGUAGUGCAGCCUCAAGCCUGAUGCUUGCUCGGUAAGCACGGUCGCCGCCCGCCGCAUGGCCGUCACGGUCCUCCUGGCCGCGCCCGCGGCCGGUGCUGGGCAGGGGCUCCGUGGCAGAGCUCGGCGCCAACCCGAGUGCGCAAGGUGGGGGCGGAGGGCACGCGGGAGACCGAGCUGUACGAGAAGCUCACGUGGGUGCAUUUGCAAAACGAACAAGGGCUGCCUCGAGAAGUCCAUCGCCGACGCCGACGCCAGAAUCGAGCAGCUGACGGCGGACAUCGAGGACUUGCGGAAGGAGGCGAAGGCGCCGUCCUCGCAGCACGCGGCACGGAAGGGAGCGCAUGCUCUGCACGCGGCUUUGGUGCGGUAGGCAUGGGGUCCUCAUCUGCUGGCCGGCUGGCCCGGUAGGACGUCGACAGCAAGAGGGAGUACUGCAGCGCCGAACUGGACACCUCGGACGACA